AUGGCGCAGAAUAAUCAGAUUCAAGAUCUUAUCCGAUCUCUGGGUAAACUAUCCCGUGAGCUGGAGUACCUGGUGGAAAAGACCAAGGAGAACCUGGGAUUAGUUGAACGUCUGAGAGAGACCGGAUCCGAAUCCGUGACUUCUCAAAGUAGGAUCGGAGAGCUAGGAAAAGGAUUCGGAGGACCUGAUAACGAUUUUAUCCGACAUUUUACUCAUAAUUCUCCAGUUCGUCUCAAUGUUGGUGGGAAGGUAUUCCCUAGCACAUGGAAAUUACUCUCACAGAUCCCGGAGACAAGGUUGAGUAAACUAGCAGAGUCUAAAGAUCUAGAAGAAGCAUUAUUGCUCUGUGAUGGAUACAAUUCAACGAGGAACGAGUUUCUUUUCAACAAGCGGAGCAAGAACUUUGCUGAUAUUCUUGAGUUUUAUAGAACCGGUAAAUUACAUAUCAGUGAGGACUGUUGUGUGAUUGCAUUUACAGAGGAUAUGGUUUACUGGGAAAUACCUCGAACCUAUUUACAAUCCUGCUGUUUUAAACGUGUGACUGACUACAAGGAUCAGAUGGAGUGGGAUGAAGGAGCUGAUGAUCCAACCAAAGCUGCUGAAACCUUUCCUCCGGGAAGAAGAGGAACGAUUCAAAAACGUUUGUGGGAUUUGUUUGAGAAACCGCAUUCUUCAGUAGGCGCUCGUAUCAUUGGUCUGGUUUCUCUGAUCUGUAUAGUUCUCUCAACAGUUAUCUUAACUCUGAACACGCUCCCGUAUUUCCAGGAAAAUGAAGAUCAGUUCUUGGGAGAUUUCUGGGUUUUCACAAUCAUAGAGAUGGUUUAUAUGCUCUGGUUCACUCUAGAGUUCUUUAUCCGAUUAAUCUCGUGUCCGAGUAAACGUGAAUUCUUCCAGAAAGUGAUGAACUGGGUUGAUAUUCUCGCGAUAAUCCCGUAUUUUAUCACAAUUAUUCUCUACCUAGUUGAGCUAAAUGGAGAAGAGGUGGAUGAAGAUGCGGAGAAUGCAAGUGAUGUCAGAAGAAUUGCGCAAUUUUUCAGAUUACUCAGAAUUGUGAAAACUAUGCGAAUAAUUCGUAUAUUUAAACUUGCUAAACACUCAACUGGACUCCAGGCCUUGGGACUCACAUUCCGGUCCAACUAUCAGGAGCUCGGACUUCUCAUUCUUUUUCUUGGUAUGGGAGCAAUCAUGUUCUCCUCGCUAGUCUACGUGUUCGAAGACGACAAUAAGUCAUCUAAAAUGGGAACCAUGUUGGACGCUUAUUGGUGGGCUUUAAUCACCAUGACGACAGUAGGAUAUGGAGAUGUGGUUCCGAUAUCUUUUGCCGGGAAACUAGUUGGUUGUUUUUGUGCUAUUUUCGGGGUUCUAGUAAUUGGACUACCAAUUCCCAUCAUUGGGUCAUCCUUCAAUAAUUUCUAUUUAAGAGAGAAGAGGAAGGAAAAGAAACUAUUACAGAUAGAUGAGGAGAAAAGCACUUCCUAA